AUGACAAGCUGCGCAGCAGCUCUGCCUCAAUCAAUUCCUCUUGGUGAGGUCGCUGAGAUACCCGCCGCGCCAAUCACCGAGACUCCGCUUGGUGAGGGUGCUGGUACCAAGGUCGUUCCGUACUCUCCUGAUGCUGUGGUUGCCGACACAUUCGCCUCUGUCCUUGCGGAUCCUGCAUCUGCCGACAAGUCACUAAAGCGGAGAGGUUGGGACUGCUCAGAACAGCCUCUCGGAAAAGGACCAGUUCCAAGUCCCGACUCUCCGGAAGCUUUCCUUGUCAUGGAAGAGAUCUCGAAGGCUGCUACUGAUGCCUCAACACCGACUGGCUAUGUCAACAAGUUCAAGAACCUGAAGGGCAGCAACAACGCCGUGGCAUAUCUUGGUUACAAGACCUUGGAUACCUACGACACUCAAGCCUGUGCCGACUCUUGCACUGAGAAGGAAGGAUGUUCAGCGUUCAACAUCUUCUACGAGAGGGACCCUUCUGUAGUUCCCGCCGAUUCCUGCUCCAACCCCGCUAGCACCACAGUCAUCAAGUGUGUACUGUGGGGCAGCCCUGUGACCGCCGAAACAGCUGUCAACAGCGGACAGUGGCGCGCGGAUUUCCACGUAGUCAUUGCUGGAUCGAACGGCUAUGACAGCGAGCGUGUGGUAUCUGUAGACGGCUACAGCGGCGAGUCUCUUGGAAACGUCGCCAUCAACGCCCCAAACGACUGCAACGGCGACGAUACUUACAUGGGCUACAAGCUCUUCAACGACGGUCAGCCCUUCGAACCCGCCCGUUGCGCCGCCGCAUGCGCAGCCGAGACCAAAUGGAACGUCGAGCACCUCAACAGCCGCAUGCUGUGCAAGUUCUUCAACACCUACGUUCUGAUGAAGAACGGCGAGCCCCAAGGCCAAUACUGCUCCAUGUACACCCAGAAAUGGGCGAAGAGCGUUGCUGUCAACGAUGGCCAGUACCGUGGAGACGACCACUACACGAUUGCUUCCAGCUACUCCUACUCCAACACCGCUGAUCCUGGAAAGCCUAAGCUUCCUUGCGAUGUUGCUGCCGCAAAGUCCGCCAUCAUUGCUUCGUCGCUACAGCCGUUCUGCUCUACUCUUCUUGGAUACACGACUCAAGUUUCGACUGUGAUCGCCACUGAGACUGCCACUGUUCCCGCUACGACUGUUGUUGUCACCGAUGCGCCUGUGACCACGACCACCACAACGGUCACUCAAGCUCCCCAAAAGCGCGAGGUCGCCGUUCAGGAUACGCCUACCGCUCUUGCCGACUUUGCUCCCAGUGCUGUCUCUGCAGCCUGCAGCCUCCAAGCUACCCCCGUCACUGAAACCACUACGAUGUCUACUACGACCACUGCGACCGUUAGCUCCGGCACCGUAGAGACCACCACUACUCUGCCUGUUCAAACUACCAUCGUUACCUCGGUAGUUGCCGCAGUGCCCACUUGCACUGCUCGUGGCGUCAACCUCAUCAAUAACCCUGGCUUCGAAAGUUCUGGGGAGUACUAUUGGCAAUCGAACAGAUGGAGCAACAGCGUAGCAGAUUCUUAUGGACUGACUACUGGUGGCUUCAGCGGCCGCGUAUCGUAUCUAGUCGUCUUUAAAAACCAAGGCGGCAUCUAUCUGGACCAACAAAUCAACGGUCUGACCAAAGGCGUUACCUACACCUUCUCGUACAAAUACAUCGUCAAGGGAUCUUCAGCUAGUUCUAUCAAUUGCGCUAUGCCCGUAGGACUCGAUUCUAAGAGUGUCACGAGUGACGGUCGUGUCAACACCUGGAUUUCAGGACCCAGCAGAUUCGGAAAUACCUUUGUGGCUACGGGAACCAGCGGGCGAUUACGAUGCUUCUUCACUGCAGACGGUGCUCAGGAUUUCCGCGUCGAUGACUUUUAUCUGGGGUGCUAG